UCUCCUCCAAAAUAUAAAUCCUCCAUAAAUAAUUCUCUCAAAUUCCUCGCCAAACACACGUCCUCUCAUUUCUCCUAAUUAUCGCCACUAGUUCUCUCUCCAGAUCCUUCAGUUUCACUGUCACCUAUCGCUCUCGUUUCUUCUACCUUCAACUUCUGUUUGUUUCCAGUUAGAGAGAGAGAGAGAGAGCGGGAGAAAAUGGCGACAGGAGCUGUGCCGACGUCGUUUACAGGUUUGAAAACAAGAGAGUCAAACUUAGGAUUUGGAAAGAGCAUGGAUUUUGUGAGAAUUUGUGAUUUGAAGAGAAUCAAGUCUGGUGGUAGAAAGAGAAUUUCGAUGAUUAGGAACUCGAGUAAUCCUGGUCCUGAAAUGGUUGAACUUCAACCUGCUUCUCCAGGAAGCCCUCUGUUAGUGCCCAGACAGAAGUAUUGCGAGUCAACUCACAAGACUGUGAGGAGAAAAACACGAACGGUAAUGGUUGGAAAUGUGGCUCUUGGUAGUGAUCAUCCUAUUCGGGUUCAAACUAUGACUACAAGCGAUACCAAGAAUGUUGCUGCAACUGUCGAAGAGGUGAUGAGAAUAGCAGACAAGGGGGCAGAUUUGGUUAGGAUAACAGUUCAAGGAAAGAGAGAAGCGGAUGCUUGCUUUGACAUAAAAAAUUCACUUGUGCAGAAAAAUUACAAUAUACCUCUGGUUGCAGAUAUUCAUUUUGCUCCAUCAGUUGCAUUGCGUAUAGCUGAAUGCUUUGACAAAAUUCGUGUAAAUCCGGGAAAUUUCGCUGAUAGGCGGGCUCAGUUUGAGAAGCUUGAAUACACAGAGGAUGAUUAUCAGAUAGAGCUUGAGCAUAUUGAGCAGGUUUUUACUCCAUUGGUUGAGAAAUGUAAGAAGUAUGGAAGGGCAAUGCGCAUUGGGACAAACCAUGGGAGUCUUUCAGAUCGUAUUAUGAGCUACUAUGGAGAUUCUCCUAGGGGAAUGGUUGAAUCUGCAUUUGAGUUUGCAAGGAUAUGCCGCAAAUUGGAUUUCCACAAUUUUGUCUUUUCAAUGAAAGCAAGCAACCCGGUCAUCAUGGUCCAGGCAUAUCGUCUGCUUGUAGCAGAAAUGUAUGUUCAGGGAUGGGACUAUCCACUGCACUUGGGUGUCACUGAAGCUGGAGAAGGUGAAGAUGGGCGCAUGAAAUCUGCAAUUGGCAUUGGGACUCUUCUUCAGGAUGGUUUGGGUGAUACAAUCAGGGUCUCACUUACAGAACCACCAGAGAAGGAGAUAGAUCCUUGUCGAAGAUUGGCAAACCUUGGUAUGAGAGCGUCUGCAGUACAACAAGGAGUGGCACCAUUUGAAGAAAAGCACAGACAUUAUUUUGAUUUUCAGCGCAGAUCUGGUCAAUUGCCAGUUCAAAAGGAGGGUGAAGAGGUAGAUUAUAGAGGUGCCCUGCACCGUGAUGGCUCUGUUCUCAUGUCAGUUUCACUAGAUCAGUUAAAGGUACCUGAACUCCUAUACAAGUCACUAGCAGCAAAGCUCGUUGUUGGAAUGCCUUUUAAGGACCUGGCAACAGUUGACUCAAUCUUAUUGAGAGAGCUUCCACCUGCUGAGGAUAGUGAUGCUCGACUAGCUCUCAAAAGACUGAUUGAUAUUAGUAUGGGAGUUAUUACUCCUUUGUCAGAGCAGCUAACAAAGCCAUUACCCAAUGCCAUGGUUCUCGUAAAUCUUAAGGAGUUGUCAACUGGUGCUCACAAGCUUUUGCCAGAAGGUACACGCUUGGUUGUGUCUGUAAGAGGUGAUGAGCCCUAUGAAGAACUGGAAAUCCUCAAACAGAUAGAUGCUACAAUGAUUCUUCAUGAUCUACCAAAUACAGAAGAUAAAAUUGGUAGAGUGCACGCAGCAAGGAGGUUAUUUGAGUUUUUGUCAGACAAUUCUCUGAACUUCCCUGUAAUUCACCAUAUUAAUUUUCCAAAUGGAAUUCACAGGGAUGACUUGGUCAUUGGCGCUGGUGCAAAUGCAGGAGCCCUUUUAGUAGAUGGUCUUGGAGAUGGUAUCUUGCUAGAAGCACCAGAUCAAGAUUUUGAUUUCCUGAGGAAUACCUCUUUCAACUUACUACAGGGCUGCAGAAUGAGAAAUACAAAGACGGAGUACGUCUCGUGUCCAUCCUGUGGUAGAACUUUGUUUGACCUUCAAGAAAUAAGUGCAGAAAUACGAGAAAAGACAUCUCACUUGCCUGGUGUCUCGAUUGCAAUUAUGGGUUGCAUCGUAAACGGGCCCGGGGAGAUGGCUGAUGCUGAUUUUGGUUAUGUUGGUGGUGCUCCUGGAAAGAUCGACUUAUAUGUCGGAAAGACUGUUGUAAAGCGAGGAAUUGCAAUGGAGGAAGCCACUGAUGCUUUAAUCCAGCUAAUUAAAGACCAUGGUCGCUGGGUUGACCCUCCUGCAGAAGAGUAAGAUUUUGUAGAUUUUGAUUGGCUGAUACAAAAGAAUGAGACAGCAAAAGGGAUGUCAAAUUAACAGUCCUGUUAUACAUAUAAUGCAAUCACCAGAAGUUGAAUCCUCACAGAAUCAAUAGUUUGCAGCUUGUAGAGAUCUUUCCAUGCAUGUGAAAUUUAAGUUCGGUUAGAAUGUAAUCUUUAAAUUAUGAUACAUACAAAUAACAUUGUAAUUCCUUUUACCAAUAAAGAAAUUCAAGAAUCUCUGCAUGUUGCAAUUUUGAGAUCAA